UACUAGUGAAGUAGUAGUAUUUGACGGAGAAUGGAAGAGCACAGCAGUGGUUGGGUUUGAGAGUCUGAGUUUCAGUGAACACACAAGCGAGGUUUCUAAUUCCCACCUCACCCAACCACUGCAAAUUCAGUUACCACUUUGUAUUAGGGUUUUCAUGUUCUUCAAAUCCCAAGUUUUCAUGUCUUAUCAAUGGACAUAUUCUCUGCUUUCUCCGAACCCUUCCUCCUCGCCGUUACUGUAACCGCUCUCUGUUUCUUCUUUGCUCUUUUCUCUCUCAAAAGAUUCACACCGUCCAAGAACCACUGCAACUGCGCCUCUNNCGAUUCCGCCGCUGCUCUUCCCUACUUCAACGCCGCUGUUUCCGAAAUGCUGGAUAUCAGUCCAUCUCCGGCGCCGGUGGUCUUGGCUGAUCGUCGAACGGGUUCUUCCAUGAUGGAGGAACUUGUUCCGGAGAUUACGACUCACGCGCUUAGUUACUUGGAUUAUCCGAGUUUGUGCCGUCUUUCAAUGACCAAUUCUUUGAUGCGAAAGGCUGCUAAUGAUGAUAAUGCUUGGAAGGCCCUUUAUCACAAGGACUUCACAUUGGAACAAGAUAGUGUUACACCAAGCAAUGGGUGGAAGGCUUACUAUGCUGCCACAAGAGCAAUUGUGAUUGUUAAUACAGAAUUCUUCAAUAUUAUAAGAGAUAAGUCCAUUCCAGCAAUGAGUCGUUUUUGGCUAAAUGCGGAUUAUGUGAAGUGUAUCCAUGGCUCAGGAGAACUUUUUUCGGGGUAUAAUGCAGUAAUGCAGAGCUGGCAACUCGUAUUCAACUGGGAGCAAGGAUUGAACUAUCAGGUUCGGGAUGUACGGGCUCGGGUCUUGACAGACAUGGCUUGGGUUACAAUGAAAACAUGUGUUGAUGUGGAUACAGUGCCGUUCAAUGUGACCAAUGUCUUUGAGUUCCAUAGUGGACGGUGGUAUAUGGUUCAUCAUCACAGUUCUGUGAUGAAUGGGGAGGUGGAGCAACAGAUUGUGCAUGGAUGAUAGAUUGUUGUCUGAUACUGAUUACAAAAGGGGUUUAAUUCGCAGAUUUUAGUAAUUUCUUUGGAAGAUUUUUUUUUUAAGUUUCGAAUCUUAUUUUGAUUUUCAUACUGUAUAUAAGACAGGGAAUUGCAAUGGGGACAGAAAUGAGUUAUAAGUAGAGUAAGUGGAUUAAAGUAAAUACAAAAGAUGGAUGGAAAAGAUUACCUGUGAAUGAAGGUUGGAUGAGGGCGUUAUCUGGCAUCAAAUCUUAACUUAAGGCGAGACUGGUGGAAAACCAAGGCGGCACAGUCGCGGGAGAGCAAGUGCACAAGCAUUCUCCAAUUUUGUCGUGCAUUCUAGUUCAAGUAGUAGUGUGCAUUUUUAGAAAUUAAGUUAAAUUUCAAAACUUUUGCUAACAGAUGAUGAUUUUGUUGUAAAGCGUGAUUAUUAGAGAUUAAAAAAAAAUUAUCAGAUUGUUCACAACAGAGCGAUAUAAGCAAGAGAAAAUUGCGAUUUUGAAAAAUAAUGCGGGCAUGAUAAUUUAUCAGGUGCAGUGUUUAAAUUUUGUUUUUUUGUUUUUGUUCUACGCAUCAAUAAUCAAUAAUACACAGUUGGCAGCCCAAGUAAAAGGGGAUUAAUAAUAGAAGUAAAUUUAUUUGAUAAUAUAAUGAAACAAGAAAUAUACCGCAUAAUUGUUUUAAAUAGAUGAUUCACCGGUGAAAAUAGCGUAAUUGCUACUGGUUAUCUCGUUGAGAGCCUUGCGCUGAUAGAAUGCUAUUAUAGACUUCGGGAUAGGAUGAAUUAAAAGAGUGGCUCACAUUACCCGUCCCCAAGAGAGAGAGAGAGAAAGAAUGACAAUAGCUUUCUUCUCAGUUCCAACGCCUCAACAUUAUCAUCAACUUCAAUUGUCCAAGCCAAAAAGUUCAUGGCCAAUUACCACUCACCCUUCUUUUUCUAAGAUACUUGUUCGUCCCACCUUGUGCUCUCCUUCUUCUACUUCAAAUUCCCUCAUUUCAUCUUCACCAGAUGAACAACUUGCUGCUGUUUCUGAUCAGUCAGAAUUUUCCACCUUACAGAGUUGUUUGUGAACAUGUUUUAACAGUGGUUGUAAGGCAUGUGGAAGAGAAGAAACCGAGAAAGGCUGCAAUGGUGAAGGAAGGAUGCAGGGUGGGAUUGCAACGGUGCCUGGCUUUGGCUGGUGGCCUAUAAAGGCUUAUAGGCCAUGCCCUGGAUUUGUGGCUUCUGGUGGUAGGUACAGGCGACAGGGACAAAGCAUGGACGAGGUUGUCUCCGGUAGUGCUAAAAAAAUAUCAUCUCCACAAACUGCUACUGACUCCAAGUCAAG